AGAGAGAGAGAUAUUAGCUACACCUACACCUACAUGUUUCAUUUUAUGUUAAAAAACUUUUGAUUUGAUCUAUAGUGGAGCGCAGAUGAAAGAACUAAUGACGUCCUAAGCAGGUUAUUAGUUUAAAAUAAAUAAAUAAAUCCCGAAUUGUGAGCUUUCGAACAGAUUAACAACCCCCGAUGGAAACAUCCUCUCAACCGGCAUUUGGCUACCGGUUCAGGGUAGUUAUGUUAGGUCUUCAUAUUUGCCGCCGCAAAUAAAUCUUACCAUAUGCCUGAAAAACCUUAUUCUGCAUCAUCUUCAACUGUAAAACGCAACAUAAAAAACCAUACAAAAUCCCGUUCUCCUUCAUUCUUAACAAAAUAAGAUUACUGUUUUUAUAUACAAAAACCGAAAAAUCAUUCUCUAUCAAUAACCAUGGAUCUAGAUCUCCAAAAUUUGGCUCGCUUUCUCCAAUCUCUUAACACUCCUCAUUCAAUACACCAAGGAAAGCAGCUCCAUAUUCUCUUCUUCAAAAAGGGUCUCAUACAAUCUACUCUUUCACUAGCAAACCGCCUUCUACAAAUGUACACUAGAUGUGGCAGCAUGACCAAUGCACACAAACUGUUCGACGAAAUGCCUCACAGAAACUGUUUUUCAUGGAAUACCAUGAUAGAGGGCUACAUGAAGUCCGGGAAUAAAGAAAGAUCAAUUCGCUUGUUUGAUAUGAUGUCAAAUAAGAAUGAUUAUUCAUGGAACGUGGUCUUUUCAGGGUUUGCAAAAGCUGGUGAAAUGGAAAUUGCUCGGAGGUUAUUUAACGAGAUGCCUAACAGAAACGGGGUUGUAUGGAAUUCGAUGAUCCACAGUUAUGCUCGAAAUGGGUCACCAAGAGAAGCUGUUAGGCUAUUCAAGGAAUUGAAUUUGGACCCUUUGGAUAAAUCAUGUUGUGAUACGUUUGUGUUGGCUACAGUUAUUGGGGCCUGCACUGAUUUGGGUGAAAUUCAAUGUGGCAAGCAAAUACAUGCCCGGAUUUUGAUUGAUAAUAUGGAACUUGAUUCGGUGUUAACUAGCUCGUUAAUUAAUUUGUAUGGAAAGUGUGGUGAUUUGGAUAGUGCACAUUGUGUUUUGAAUACGAUGGAGGAGCCAGAUGACUUUUCCUUAUCAGCAUUGAUCACAGGUUAUGCGAAUCAUGGUAGAAUGAAUGAUGCUCGAAGAGCAUUUUAUAGGAAAAGUAAUUCGUGUGUUGUGGUAUGGAAUUCAAUGAUUUCAGGAUAUGUUACCAAUAAUGAGGAAAUUGAAGCAUUUUUACUCUUCAAUGACAUGCAGAAAAAGGGACUCAAAGUAGACUUCUCUACACUUGCAACCAUUUUGAGUGCCUGCAGCAGCUUAUGCAAUUCUCAACAUGGCAAACAAAUGCAUGCUUAUGCUUGUAAAGUUGGAUUGAUUUGUGACAAUGUUGUUGCUAGUGCUUUCAUUGACGCAUACUCCAAGUGUGGAAGCCUGAAUGAUGCUUGUAAAUUAUUUAGUGAGCUCAAAACCUAUGACACGAUUUUGCUCAACUCCAUGAUCACAGUGUAUAGCAAUUCUGGUAAAAUUGAAGAUGCUAAACAGAUCUUCAAUACAAUGCCUAGUAAAAGCUUGAUAUCCUGGAAUUCAAUGAUAGUGGGUCUUAGUCAAAACGGUUGUCCAGUUGACGCAUUGGAUCUUUUUUGCAUGAUGAAUAAACUGGAUUUGAGGAUGAACAGGUUUAACCUUACUAGUGUCAUCAGUGCUUGUGCUAGUAUCUCUUCACUUGAACUUGGUGAACAGAUUUUUGCUAGAGCAACAGUUGUUGGCCUUGAUUCUGAUGAGGUCAUCUCUACUUCCCUAGUUGAUUUUUAUUGCAAGUGUGGAUUUAUUGAAAUAGGAAGAAAACUAUUUGACACAAUGAUGAAAUCUGAUGAGAUUUCAUGGAAUUCAAUGCUGAUGGGGUAUGCUACAAAUGGUCAUGGAUUGGAAGCGCUAACAUUGUUUAAUGAAAUGAGGCAUGCUGGUGUCAGGCCAACUGAAAUUACAUUUACAGGGGUUCUAUCUGCCUGUGAUCAUUGUGGAUUGGUUGAAGAGGGAUGGAGAUGGUUUAAUAUAAUGCAAUAUGACUACCAUAUUGAUCCAGGGAUUGAGCACUAUUCUUGCAUGGUCGAUCUUUUUGCUCGUGCUGGUUACUUGGAAGAAGCAAUGAAUUUAAUAAAACGUAUGCCUUUUGAGGCAGAUGCUAGCAUGUGGUCAUCAGUUCUGAGAGGUUGUAUGGCUCAUGGAGAAAAGGAUCUUGGAGAAAAGGUGGCACAGCAGAUCAUUGAGCUCGAUCCUGAGAACUCUGGUGCUUAUGUGCAGCUAUCUAGCAUAUUUGCCACUUCUGGAGACUGGGAAAGCUCAGCACUGGUUAGAAAGGUAAUGCAGGAGAGGCAAGUACAAAAAUAUCCUGGUUACAGUUGGGCUAAUUGUUGAAUACAUUAUUCAGAUGGUGGUACAUAAUCAUAGGACUUUCAUCUUCAUGAGGUUUAUCUAUUGAUGCUACAGUCUCUAAGGUUAUUCAGAGUGGCGAAUGGAUUUGUCCUAGUGCAAGGACUGCUUAAAUUGUUGAAGUGCAGAGUGCUACUUGUGUAUUGUUCUCCCUAAAGCUGAACAGGAAGGUAAAGUUACUUGGAGGCCCUCUGCUAAAGGCAUUUUCUCAUCAAGAAGUGCUUGGUAUCGUGUCAGGCUUCAAGAAGCAAGAGUUGAUUGGCACAAGCUCAUAUAAGGGUCUUGGCAUGUACCAAGAUUUAGUAUCAUAACUUAGCUUGCAGUUCCUAAAAAAACAGCCUGCCUAGUGUAAGCGAGUUAGGAUGGGGAGAGCUGUGAACACAGAUUGUCUCCUGUGUUUUGGUAUCGCUUUUGAAGACUGAGAUCAAUCGUUUUUGCUUGCGCCUUCUCUUAGACAAUUUGGAAGUCUAUUCUGCAGUUAUGCUGCAUCAAUCAGAAUGCUCAAGACUGGAGUAGUGAGUUUCAAUGGGCUAGAGCAAAUGUGCAGAAAAGAGCUUUUUAGCAAUUUUGUUAAGACUGGCUUGGUGCUCCACAAUUUAUGGAGUUCGGAAGGAAAGGACCGGUAAGUUUCAUAAUGCUCCUCAUAACUCUUGAGGAUGACAUCAUGUGGAUUGUACAUAUUGUCAAAAGCAGUUGAAGGCUGUAAUAAUUGGCAACUCUCGUAGGAGACUCUUAGUUUUAGACAUGUUUGGUCUACAAGGAGAAUUUUCCUUUUGGUUUGGUUACCUGCAUUGGGCUCUGCCGUUUAGUUUUCUUCGAUCAAUGGAGCUUUCAUUAAAAAAAAAGAACAAAAAAAAAAGAUUCUUCAUCUUUGAGGGAGGGUGACUUUCAUGAAGCCACACAAUGGAUUCCUCACCGACAAGCGCCAUUCUGAAAGGGAGCUUUCGGAAGUUGAUUCCAAUGACACCAACAAAGAUUAAAGCUUGAAGAAAGCCACCAUGUGCUACCCCAAUGUUACAGGCUUCCUCACUUGCUAGUGCGUUGAUUGCACAAACCAAACAUUUUUAAUUUGGUUCCUCAUCAUACUUUCUGAUAACUCUUCAAUUAUUUAAUUUGACUUAUUAGUAUUUGAUA